AUGGCAGCGAUAUACUUUGAACACAAAAAAUACGAAGAGGCGCACUACCAGAUUCUCGUAGUCUACCAUUCACCUAUCCAAGUGACGAUGGGCUCUGCCAGAAUCCUGACAUCAGCCCUGCUCCUGCUGUCGGUUGCAGCGGCGACGGCGAGCGCCCCAACCGCGCAAACGCUCAAUGGUACGUACGCUGGAGUGUACUCCGUCAAAUUCGACCAGGAUUUCUUCCUGGGUAUCCCAUACCUUCAGGCACCCAUAGAAGACAGACGCUUCCAUCCCGCCGACAGCCUCACCAGCACCUGGAAGGGCACACGCAAUGCCACGACCUACGCCUUCUCCUGUGUCAGCUACGAUAGCACAGUCGACGCCAGUGAGAUGGCUGAAGACUGCCUCUAUCUGAACGUCAUCCGCCCACACUCGGUCACAAGCACCUCUGAUCUCCCCGUCGUAGUCUUCAUUCACGGGGGCGACUUCUCCGGCGGCAGCGCCAGCGAGCAGCGCUACAACCUCUCUUUCAUCGUCGAGAAGUCGGUUCAGCUCGGCCAGCCUAUUAUCGCCGUUAGCUUCAACUACCGUCUCAGCGCCUGGGGCUUCCUCUUCAGCAACCAGCUGCGUGACACAGGCGCGACCAACAUCGGACUCCGCGACCAGCGGUUUGCACUUACUUGGGUCCAGGAGAACAUCGCCGGGUUCGGAGGCGAUCCCGCUAAGGUCACUCUCUGGGGCCAGGGCGCCGGGGCCACCAGUGUCGGCUUCCAGAUUACCGCGUACUCAGGACGAAACGAUAGCCUGUUCCGUGCGGCAAUCAUGGAGAGCGGGAACCCGGUGCCGGAGAAGGGACUGAAUGGAACGCAGUACUACCAGCCACUGUAUGAUGCGAUUGCACAGCGAGUGAAUCCAAGCAUAACCUAUGCGUCAGAGAACGACAUGACAGACAGUGAUACGUGCUGGGAUGCGGUGGAUCGCAUGGCAUGCCUGCGCACCGUGCCAUUUGAGCAGAUGAAUGCGGUGAUUAAUGCUACGAGCGCGCACUCCUGGUUCCCGGUUAUUGAUGGCGACAUUGUCCCUGAACAGCCGAGUCGGUCCCUCUAUACGGGGAAGAAGUACCUCAAGGUGCCGAUUAUUCUGGGCGCCAGUGCGGACGAGGGCUCGAGGUUUAUGCCUGAGCACAAUAUUACUACCCAGGAGGAGUUUGUGGAUCUUGUUGCGAACCCGCAGUUCUAUGGCGUUGCUCCUGGUAUCGCCUUACCCCCAAUACUAGUCCGUCAGCUCACAGAUGCCUACGCCAACGUCUCAUCCUUCCCAUACGAAAAAGCCCUCGCCUACCAAGGCGACGCAACAAUCAACGCCAACCGCCGCCAAGCCUGUUCAACCUGGUCUCGUGCAAACAUCAGCACAUACUGCUAUCGCUUCGACGUCCCCCUUUACAACCAGGAGACUGCGCAACACGGCAACGAACUCCCUUUCGUCUUCGCCAACACCGAGGAACUGGGCUCAGACUCAAACGGAGCUCUGGCCUCUCUGGCCGACGACAUCAGCAGCAGCUGGGUGAGCUUCAUUGCGAGCCUUGAUCCCAAUGCCUGGAGACAGAAGGAAGCUGCCAAUGUGAGCGCGGUUACCCCGAGCUGGCCUAAGUACGCAGCUAGGGGGGUGACUGAAAUGGUCUUCCGGGUCAAUGGAGGUAGCAGUGUUGAGAAGGAUAGCUGGAGGGCGACUCCGAUUCGCCUCAUUAAUGGGCAGCCAAGUGGGAUUGCGGUGGCGUAUCAGAGGUAA